AAUUUUGAAAGUAUACGUGAAUAGAAUUUUAUUUAAUUCCUUCCCUUCCCUUAAGUAUUUGUUUACGUACCAUGUACGUUUUUACUAUUUUUUUACAAUAAAAAUCAACAAAAAUUGAACCACGCGUAAUCAGCGAUGACUCAAGAAGGACGAAGGAAGAAAGUUUUUUCCAUCGGAAAUUACCUUUUCUCUGGAGUCACCUUAGGGAAAGGCAACUUCGCCAGGGUCGAGGAAGCUGUUCACACCAUCCUGAACGUUAGAGUGGCGAUCAAGAUAAUGGACAUUAACGAUGUUAAAGAAGAGUACGUUAUUAAGAACCUCUAUCGAGAAGCUAAGAUAAUGGCCAAAUUGAACCAUCCCUGUAUAGUAAACCUCUUUCAAACCAUGCAACGAGCCAACAACGUCUACUAUCUAGUCACAGAAAUCGCCAGCGGUGGAGAUUUGUGCACGUUUGUCAAAAACCAAGCCAAAGGUAGAUUAGAGGAGAAGUUAAGCAGAGUAUACGCCAGACAAUUCGUAUCAGCUCUAUCUCACAUGCACUCCAUGGGAGUCGUCCAUCGCGACCUCAAAAUGGACAACGUCAUGCUCAACAAGGAACAAACUCAAAUUAAGAUCGUCGAUUUCGGUUUGAGCAACAUCUGGACCAGCGAUGCACCUUUGAAGACCCACUGCGGCUCGCCGGAGUACGCAGCACCGGAGCUCUUCAUCACCGGGAAACAAUACGGCAGCGAAGUGGACUUGUGGAGUUUGGGAAUCAUCCUCUACGGCAUGAUGCUCGGCAAGCUACCUUUUGUCACCAGUUGCUGUCAACAGCUUCAAUCGCAGGAGAAACGCAAGCAACUCGUCUCCAAGAUUAAUAAGGGUUUGAGCAGCGAGCACAGGAAGGCUCUAUCGGCUUUCUCGCCGGAUUUUCGAGGUUUAAUGUGCAGAUUACUAAUGGCCGAUCCGUUGAAACGGAUUAAUAUGAAGGAAUUAAUGGUACACCCUUGGAUAACCGAUAAAGGUAAACGCAUGAUUCGAACGAAUCCAUUAAGAACCUUGGAUUCCUACGAAAUGAACAUGCUUAUCGGUAAAUUGAGCUCGAUUGUGCAAAUGGAACCGAAGCAAAUCAACCAGACGAUAAUGCAAGAACCUUUCGGCAAAGUAGCUGGUAUCUACAACAUAUUGAAACGAAAAUUCCAGCUCAACCAACUCAAAGGCGACGGAUCCUCGAAAACGAUGCCAUCGCUGACGAUAUUCGAGCUGGCGAAUUUGAGCUGCAAAGCGCAGGAGAAGGACAAAACGAGGAAACUAAUCAAAUUCCAACCGAAUCAAACGCAAAAAGUAUCCAAAGAUUACUCGGGCAAUAACAUAUCCAUCAAACAAGACGAGCAAUCGAUGAAAUCCAUCAAAAUUAACCCGAACCCAAGCAAAGCGAAGACCAAAUUCCAAUUGACCAAACUACGGCCGGCUACAAUGCAAGAACGUCCGAUUAACAAGAACGCCAGCGAUGAACCGGGAAGACCAGUAACCGUCAACACCGUGGGAGAGAAGAAACCAACCGACUACAGAAUCAUCAAAUCGCCUAACCUAAGAAGAAAAGUCUACUCGGCCACUGUAAACAAGAAAAUCAACUCGCCGCUCGCCUCAACGAGGAAACCCGACUCGCGAGGUGGCGACAACGCCGACAAGGAAUCCACCGUCACCAUCGAAAAAAUCGUCUCCAAAGAAACGAAAAUUCCCGCUCCACCGAAACCGGACAAAUCCAAAAUCGAUCCGAAGGUGUUGGGCAAGAAGCCCCUGGUGCAGAAGCAGCAGGCGAAGCCGCCCACAGCCAAAUUCGAGCCGUCGCCCAAGCGGAACGCCCUCUCGGCGCCGCUGCACAAAAUGAUCGCGAAAUCCCUCAAGACGGCCGUGGUGAUGACCAAAGGCAGCACCGCGGUGAAGGUCCCCGCGAAGAAGAAGGACACCAAGGAGAAGGAGGCGGAUUUGAGCAGACCCAGCAUGGCUUUCGGCGAUUUCGUCCGCACCAAAAGCUCCGCGCAGGCCAAGAUGGCGAUCUACGACCCCAUAGCAAGAUCGAUAGCGGAUUACGUCGCUAACAAUAUUUCUGAUAAGGUUAAUCGUUGCCCGUGGCUUAAAAAGUAACGUAUCUAGCGUAAAACAUUUGUUUAUGUAAGAAUUAUUAUGUGUAACUUAAAUUAUCGAAUAAAGAGGCAGACGACAUUCAUUU